ACAACUGCCGCACCACAACCACUUCCUGUCGAUCCAAAUCUUCCACCUGUUGAUAAGAGCGUGGAUCUCGAUGGUGAUGGUCGACUAAGCCUCGCUGAAGUGCAGUAUGCCGCUUUCGUGCACCAUGGACUAUCAGGCAGUGUCGUUCAGGGCAUGUUUACCGAGGUGGAUCACAACAAGGACGGGUAUCUCGAUUCAGCGGAAUUCAACGACAUCCGUGCAAUGGUGCUAGCCAAGGCCGAAAAUGCCGCCAUGCGUUACAUGCAGGCAAGUUUGAACUGCAAAAGUGUCGAUACGGAUAAGAACAAGCUGCUUUCACUUCCAGAGGCUCAGGCAUACAUUCUGAAGGAGCACGGAAUAGGAGAUGUCGUUCAAAUGUUCGCCAGUGUCGACGAUAAUAACGAUGGUGAACUUAACGCUCCCGAGUUUGCUGAUUUUGAACGAAUUGUUCGUGCGAGAGCAGUGGAGACCAGCAAAAAAGCACUUCGAGUGGUAGAUACCGAUGCCAGCAACACGCUAACCAUGGACGAAGCUAGAAGAAUCGCAUUCGAACACUAUGGGUUCGAUGAAAAUGUCCUUACUCCAUUCUUCGAUCAAGCCGACGAGAACGAGGAUGGUCAGCUCGACGCUGUAGAGUUUGCAGGGAUUCCGAUCAGUUAUUCGUAG